UGUCCGACAGGGCCAAAAACGUACCUCGGUCCUCGUCACAGUUCCAAAAACAGCUUUCGGCCAGCCACAGCUUAUCUAAUCGUAAUCGGCAAGGCUGAAACUAUCUCCCAAAACAUCCCACAUGCAAAUCCACCCCCCAAGGUGCCGCCCAACACCACUCGGCCGACGAGAUAUUCAUGCUCCCUCGAGCUUCACAGUCAUCAACAGAACGCCCAUCACCCACAACCAUCCCGCAACCAUGGCCCCCCUCCGCCGCUACCUCCGCAUAACCCCCUCCUCCGUCCUCGAAUUGAGGGAGGAGAAUGAGAGGGUGAAGGCGAGGGGGAGGGGGGUUAAGGAUGUUGUUUCUGGUGAUGGGUUUGAAGUCUCGGUCUUCCUCACCCAGACGAGUACAAGGCAUACGGUUCUCAAGAGACGGAAGAUUUUUCGUGAACCAGAACGAAAAGGGGAUGAUACAAACCCCGAUUCCCCCGCGCCCCUCCCGAGAGAGGAGAGCGACGACGUCGUAAUCCAAGACGUCCCCCCCGCGCCCUCCACCGCCGAAUCCACAAACCACCCCCCGCCAACCCGCCACUCCAAACGCACACGCCCUGCCGAAGACGCAGAUACCCUCGUCGUAGCCGACUCCAACGCCUCUGACGCCUCCGCCUCAGACUCCGAUGCUGAUGCCCCGCCGACCAAGCGUGCACGGUCAGCGGCACCACUGGGGGGAGCGGAGGAAGAGGAGCAGGAUGAGAAGAAAAUGGCUAUGCGGAGUGAGUAUGAUGGAUAUGGGAUUUAUGGAAGGGUGUUGUGUCUGAUUGUUACGAAGACGGCGGUUAAGGAUGCGGGGGGUGGGAGGGAGGUAAUGGAGGAGUGGAUUGCUUCGACGCAGAAUCCGGCGGGGGAAGCUACUUGAAGAUGAGGAUAUUCCGAGAGUCUGAAAGAUCGAUAUAUGGCAGAUACGGCGGGUGUUCUCAAGUUGCCUUGCCUGGGAACCGCUGGCGCCUGGACAUGCCACAGCAUGUGGGCAUAACGGUUCUGUGACGAAGGCAGGCUUCCUCCAGGAUCGGCAGACAUUACUCGGUGGUUGUCCACCUACGAGCGAAGCGAGUAGGUGGCGAAAGCGAGUUGGGUAUGCGAAAGCAAGUUUGAGUAUGCCACGUCGCCUCAUGGAUUCACUUCAAUACUACCAAUUCAUGAACAAUACUACCAAUUCAUGAACAAUACUACCAAUUCAUGAACAA